AUGUUCAAGAGCGCCCUGAUCUUUGCUUUGUCAACAGCCCUGCUACCGUCCAGGGCGCUCGCGGCCCGGCCAUGCAAUGGCUCGAGCAGCGGGUCCUUCGAGUAUCGCCUGGGCGACGUGCGAUAUGACGGUCCCGACCCGAGCAAGGUCAACGGCCUAUCAACCAUCGCAGCAAGCCUGCAGAACGACUAUCAGACUCCCUUGUACGAGUGUGUGGCCGAAUGGCCGGAGGCAUGGGCGGGCUGGUACGAAGGCGGCAGCAACCCGAUCUGGGCGGACUGCAUCUUCACCGGCGCUGGGCUGGGGCAAGACGAGACCGUUUCGUUUGCGGUGGAUUGGAAGGCGAAGACGAUGUAUCUGGCGCACACGUUCGCUUGCUCCGACAAGCAGGGAUCCGAGGGGCUCGCAACCGGCUCCAUCACUCUCGACGUCAACUGCACAACGGCAGACGGGAGCAGCUACUGUGUCCCAAGUACCACGAGCACCGGGGCCCGCCCGAACAUCGACAUCACCACCAAACUGACGCAGACUCCCCUCAACGAGACGUCAACGUGCUCGGGCGCGCCCAAGCAGUACCAGUCGUGGAAGCUCGAAAACUGGCUGCGGCAAAUCAGAAUGGAGCCAGGAUCCUCGCCGACCGACCCCAAACUGGUUUUCGACUCGGGGCCGUCGUUUGAGCUGGUCAGCAUUCCGGACGGCGGCUUGCUGAACUGCACGACGUCGGGCAACCACACGGGCACCUUCGUGGGCACUUGCCAGGCCGCAGGCUCGACAAGUACGUCGGCAGAUUUCACGUUCGACCCGAAGCUGAACAUGCUCGAGAUUACCCAGCACUCGGAGUGCAGUAAUUCGUCGUCUGUCGAUGUCGUCGGGGUGUUCUACAUGCAAGCGGCGUGCGAGCGUGUCCGCAACAGCGACCUGCUCACCUGCACUUCGGACCCGGUGUGGGUUGGCACAGGGACUGUGUAG